AUUCUCAACCAAAGAUUCAGGCUAACGCAUCCACCCCAUUUUAGAGUCAAGGAAAAGGGGAAGGUAGCAGGGCACCAGACUCCCCACAGUGUCCAUGUUUCUUCUGUCAUGUCUAUGCGUAUCUGAGCGUACUAUCCACCGCAAACCAACCAGCAAAUCAAGGCCGGAACUAGGAUCUAUCUAUUUACCACAGGACUGUCCAAGAACGGUUUUAGACGUAAAGGUUUGUCCUAUUCGUCAUCAUGUUCUGAGAAAAAUCAUCUCAUCAUUCCAGGUUUUGAAAAUCCAACUCAAACUGAAAACAUUUCCACGUUGAUGAAGCCAAGCGUCGGUCAUGUUCUGCACCUGACCAGCAGUAGCCUCUAUUCUCGGCACGGACUGUUACCACGACGGCAACUUUAGAAGAAGUUAAACCCUCUCAUUGACUGAGUGGAGGGAAAAGCGAAAUCUUUAAUCGAAUAAAGUUUUUCCGUUUCUUCCCAUUUUUAUCUGCAUUACAAAGGCGAAACGGCGACUUCCAUUGAUUACCCGUCUUUCCUUUUGCUAUCCGAUGGAUAUUCACUGCAAAGUAGACCCGUUCUCAGCGAUGCACCGGCACGGCGGUGUGAACCAGCUAGGCGGGGUGUUUGUCAACGGCAGACCCCUACCUGACGUGGUGAGGACAAGAAUCGUAGAACUCGCGCACCAAGGAGUGAGACCCUGUGACAUUUCGAGACAACUACGGGUCAGCCACGGCUGUGUCAGCAAAAUACUGGGCAGAUACUACGAGACCGGAAGUAUAAAGCCAGGAGUUAUUGGUGGGUCCAAACCGAAAGUGGCGACUCCAAAGGUUGUGGAUAAAAUAGCGGACUACAAGCGUCAGAAUCCGACCAUGUUCGCGUGGGAAAUCAGAGACAGACUGUUAGCUGAGGGCGUCUGUGACAACGACACGGUUCCAAGCGUCUCGUCCAUUAACAGGAUAAUACGAACAAAAGUCCAGCAGCCUUUCCACCCGUCUCCAGAUGGAACAUCCCUGUCUGCCCCGGGCCACACCAUGGUACCGAGCCAGGCCUCUCCACCUAUAACAAGCCCUUCCAACGACCCCGUGGGGUCCUACUCCAUCAACGGCAUCCUGGGUAUUCCCCGGUCAAAUGGCGAGAAGAGGAAACGAGAUGAAGAUGGUUCAGAUGGGUCUGGCCCAAACACUGAUUCUCAGGUUAGUGUGGACAGUUUACGGAAGCACCUGCGGGCCGAUGCUUUCACUCAGCAGCAGCUGGAAGCUUUGGACCGGGUCUUUGAGCGCCCGUCGUACCCCGACGUCUUCCCGACCUCGGAGCACAUCAAACCAGAACAGGCUAACGAGUACUCCCACUCCCACUCCCUGUCCUCCCUGAAUCCUGGUCUGGACGGCGAGGUCAAACCCAGCCUGUCCUCCAGCAGUAACCAGAACCUGGGCCCCAGUGUCUCUGUGACGCAGAGCUACUCUGUAGGUCGAGACAUGGCCAACACAACCCUACCGGGUUAUCCCCCUCACGUACCCCCCACCGGCCAAGGCAGCUACCCCACCUCAACACUGGCCGGAAUGGUUCCUGGGAGUGAGUUUACAGGAAACCCUUACAGUCAUCCACAGUACACGACCUACAACGAGGCAUGGCGGUUCAGCAACCCAGCAUUACUAAGUUCCCCUUAUUAUUAUAGUGCCACAUCCAGAGGUUCCGGACCACCUACUGCUGCCACGGCAUAUGACCGCCACUAGUUACCAUGGAAACCAAAUCAACCACCACCACCACCACCACCUACACCAUGACUACAACCAUGGCUUCGGCAGCGUCCAUGUUGCCCCGGUGUGAACAGAGGGCAUGAGGUGAUACCGUUAAAGACAGCUAACAGGCAGCUUCAUUUCCUGGAUACUACACUACUACACACAACAGAAGAAGAACGGUCCUCCUGGAUACCACACUACUACACACAACAGAAGAAGAACGGUCCUCCUCGAUACCACACUACUACACACAACAGAAGAAGAACGGUCCUCCUGGAUACCACACUACUACACACAACAGAAGAAGAACGGUCCUCCUGGAUACCACACUGCUACACACAACAGAAGAAGAACGGUCCUCCUGGAUACCACACUACUACACACAACAGAAGAAGAACGGUCCUCCUGGAUACCACACUGCUACACACAACAGAAAAUUACCUGAUCGUUCGGGAUACCAUGCAGGCAACUUCCCAUCAACCAUGAAUUUGGUAAAAAAUGUAAAAUUCUUCAUUCUGAUCUGCGUGACUGUACAUUACCACUAGAGACUUUGAAAGACUAUAUAUACGUGAUACUACUGAGGUUACUGAGGUAAAAAGAAAAAAAAAAUACAAGUUUUGAAAAUGAAAAGGAGUAAUUUGUAUCUUUUCCUGUUUUGUAAAUGGUCCUCCGUUUGUUUUUCCUCCUUCGUGGAUCAAAACGUUACAUUACUUGACUGAUCUGUCGGCUGACGGAGGAACCCGUCCUGAGCUGAGAGUCCAGGACAGUAUAGUAGCAGGCUGUUGUUCCCCUUCCUUCUGCAUCGGUCUGAACCUUCUACUCUUACGGGCAGUGCAAUGAGAUCAAAGCUAAAAGACAUUGGCGUCGAAGCGACUAAGGCUGCCGCAGCUUGGUUCCACUCCUCUAUUACAAGCAAACGGACAGACAUUUUAUUUGUAACCAACCAAACUCUCAAGCAUGAUUAAAGGAAUCAGUUGCUUUUGUUUUGAUGAUGAUGAUGAUGAUGAUGAUGAUGCCAGGAGAAGAUUAUAAAGGCGGUGUUCUCUGUGAUACACAAUCAGACGGAGGGGAAAGUAAACAAGAAAAACGCUGAAUUGAUAAAUGAGAAGGACAUUGUGACAUACCGUGGUCUUCUAAUUUACAAGGUUUAAAAAAAUAAAUUAAAAAAAACCCUAGUAAAUAUAUUCUUAAAAUAUUUUUUUAAUUUUGUUUUUAUAAUUGUUAUUUGACAUCUUAAUGAAUUGCAAAUAAUAUGCUUGACUUUUUGUUGUUGUCAUUUUUAUUUGUCAGGAUACUAGAAAUAAUCAGGCAGAAUCUAUUUUGUAUUUGUUUUUAAUUUUGCACAAUUUUUUUGAGUUUUGACACACUGGGAGCGCUAUUAUGCAGACUUUGACCUGGAGGUUUGACACACUGGGAGCGCUAUUAUGCAGACUUUGACCUGGAGGUUUGACACACUGGGAGACAUCAUCACGACAUCAUCACGACGUCAUCACGACGUCAUCACGACGUCAUCACGACAUCAUCACGACUUCAUCGUGACCUUUUGGUCUGGAGAGGCACUUCAGAUGUCGCUGCUUUCUGUUGACCGUUUCCUUGACUUCCCAGUAGCAUUAUGUCUGGAGACGCUUUGGUAAACACUACUGCAAUUCCCCCAGUUUGUCUCUACCUUAUGUAGUACGCUCACUAUCCACACAUACUCAACCCGGGAAGUUAGCUAGCUAACAUUUUAAGUUUGAACCUAAGUCUUUGGCAUUAAGAUAUAGCAUAACAUUUGCUCAAUUAACUAUUUUUCUUUGACUAACUAAUUAAAUCAUUAAUAGUCAAGUAUAAUGGUUAUUGCUUGCAUCCUGCUUGGCACCCUAUUCCCUUUAUAGUGCACUACUUUUGACCAGAAGUAGUGCACUACGUAGGGAAUAGGGUUCCAUUUGAUACGCAGAUAUAGUACAGUUAGUAUAGUAAUUUAAUUCUGAUGUGGCCGUCGUCACAUAAUGAUGUGUCAACAAAAGUUUCAACUAAAAAGCAAAGGCAAAGAUUUCAGUUAAAUGCCUUAAUCAUAUGCAGGUUGUUGUUGUUGUUGUUUUUUUUGUCAAGGUUUCAACUUCCUAUAUUUUUUUUCGUUUUGUCGUAUAAGACGUCAUGUGACUUAUCCAGUUGGUUUGUCUUGAAAUCACACCGGUAACACCGACCUGGCUGGAAGAAUGGGAGAAAAAAGAAACGUGAUUAAACAUGACCUUACAUAGUUUUUCAAGUGAAUGUAUUUUUUUUUACCACAUUUGCCAAAGACUUUAGUUCUUGUUCUUGUUUCUUCUAUUUACAGCCUGCAUACGUCUGCAUUGUGAGAGCAGUAUUAUGGGGAGGAAAACACACACAAAUUGUCCGUUUAAUGAACAGUACAUGUAUCAAUUCUAUGCAGAGCAGAGAACGGUCGUCAUUAUUAUGCAUAUUUAGCUGUAAAAACCCAUAGGAAGGUGAUUGAAUUUAUUUAAUGUUAUGUUAUUUACAAAACUGUUGAUUUAUUUGUAGAAUAAUUUGUGUAUAAUGUGAAAACACUUGACUUUCACUCUGUAAAUACAGUCAAAUAAUAUGUACAUCUGUGAUCAUCUGUAUUAUGCCCUCUCGUCCACUGGAGUCUCACUGGUACAGGUCAAUAAUAAAGUGGUUAAACUCUUCUAAGUCAUGGUAGAGCACGGUACUACUUUCCUGUCAUGGUAGAGCACGGUACUACUUUCCUGUCAUGGUAGAGCACGGUACUACUUUCCUGUCAUGGUAGAGCACGGUACUACUUUCCUGUCAUGGUAGAGCACGGUACUACUUUCCUGUCAUGGUAGAGCACGGUACUACUUUCCUGUCAUGGUAGAGCACGGUACUACUUUCCUGUCAUGGUAGAGCACGGUACUACUUUCCUGUCAUGGUAGAGCACGGUACUACUUUCCUGUCAUGGUAGAGCACGGUACUACUUUCCUGUCAUGGUAGAGCACGGUACUACUUUCCUGUCAUGGUAGAGCACGGUACUACUUUCCUGUCAUGGUAGAGCACGGUACUACUUUCCUGUCAUGGUAGAGCACGGUACUACUUUCCUGUCAUGGUAGAGCACGGUACUACUUUCCUGUCAUGGUAGAGCACGGUACUACUUUCCUGUCAUGGUAGAGCACGGUACUACUUUCCUGUCAUGGUAGAGCACGGUACUACUUUCCUGUCAUGGUAGAGCACGGUACUACUUUCCUGUCAUGGUAGAGCACGGUACUACUUUCCUGUCAUGGUAGAGCACGGUACUACUUUCCUGUCAUGGUAGAGCACGGUACUACUUUCCUGUCAUGGUAGAGCACGGUACUACUUUCCUGUCAUGGUAGAGCACGGUACUACUUUCCUGUCAUGGUAGAGCACGGUACUACUUUCCUGUCAUGGUAGAGCACGGUACUACUUUCCUGUCAUGGUAGAGCACGGUACUACUUUCCUGUCAUGG